AUGGGGCGUACAGGAAAAGAAUUAACGCUGGAGGUAAAACAAAUAGCUCAGAAAUUAUUUGAAGAAGGUAAAACAAUUGAUUUUGUAUCAAAUACUUUAAACGUGCUUAGAUCGACGGUUGGAAGUUUAAAGAAGCGAAUUGAGCAGAGAGAUUCUAUAGUAAAUAUUCCAAAAAGUGGUAGAAAACCAACUGUGACAGCAAGGGAGUAUAGGAGGUUAGAAAGCCCGCUUUUAAGCUUUCUCAUCGAUACGUAUGCUUGGAAAGGGACACUACUCUUGUUGUCGGCAAUUAUCUUGAACUGUAUACCAUGCGCGCUGAUAUUCCGUUCACUUCCGGUACAAAAUUGUGCCAACCGCUCACAAGAAACAGUUCAUGGUGAGAGUGAGGAAAACAAAAUAUCAUUUGUAAAUCCUAAAGAUAGUCAUUGCACCGGAGAAAAUACAGCUGGCGAAAAUAAAUGUAACAUUAAAUUUGGAUCAAAGGAUCGGCAAGAGGGUCAAGAACAUGGUGUUUAUCCAACCGAUUCAGUUAGAAUCGAAAUUGUCCGACAGGAUGCUUCAAGGAUUUUCGAAAAGGGUAUUCAGCCAAUCGACUGCUCAAAAGACAGUAAAUUUUCAAAAGACAGUAACGAGGUCAUAGGAUCAACUCAAGAUAGCGUCGUUGAGCGGUAUAAAACUCUUUUUCAAUGCACAGAAGUGGUAGUGUUUUUCUUCACACAGUUCCUGUUUUUUGCUGGUUUUUAUAUUCCAUUUAUUUACAUUCCUGAUAAAGCCACAGGCGAUGGCAUAACUCUUUCAUUAACAUCGGUUGUGUUGGUUGAUAUAACUGGUAUCAACCUGUUUGCAGAUGCAAUGGGUUUUAACAAUCUUUUUAGUGCAUUUGGUUCUAUACUUGGACCUCCAAUUACCGGACUGCUGUAUGACGUAACACAGACGUACACAUCCUCGUUUCUAGCUGCAGGAUUAGCAAUGACAAUUUCCGGUAUAUUACUGGUUCUCGUUUCAUUCUGCCGGAAACAGAAAUAA